ACUUGCAGUAAACUACCUGACCGCGAGUCAUAGCGCUGGCAUUCACAACCACACUGACUGACUUGUCUUGAACCAACACGGAGCAGGAUUCACGGUUCACGACUCAAACUUCUUUUCACGUGGAUAGUCGAGUAAGACAAUUCAAGUGGAACUUUAUUUUAGUUUUUGAAGCCUACUCUGGGCGCUAGGGAGAGAGCGGCUGUGUUGGAGCUCUACAAGGCAGAGAGAGAGAAGGGGGUAGAAUAAGGGUGGGAGGUCAGUUGGUGGAGUCGAGGUAGGAACACGGGAGAAUGGAGGUGCAGGUGCCAGGAAUGCAGAGGUCCCAGGUAGACCCUGAGGAACUUUUCACCAAGUUGGAGCGAAUCGGUAAAGGAUCAUUUGGUGAGGUCUUCAAAGGCAUCGAUAAUCGCACCCAGAGUGUAGUAGCCAUUAAGACGAUAGAUCUGGAAGAGGCUGAAGAUGAGAUUGAAGAUAUACAACAGGAGAUCACUGUACUGAGUCAAUGUGACAGUCCCUAUGUCACCAAGUACUAUGGGUCAUACCUAAAGGGCAGUAAACUAUGGAUCAUCAUGGAGUAUCUAGGUGGGGGUUCAGCUCUGGACUUGUUGCGUGCAGGUCCGUUUGAUGAGUGCCAGAUUGCCACCAUGCUGAAGGAGAUUCUGAAGGGUCUGGAUUAUCUCCACUCAGAGAAGAAGAUACACCGAGAUAUCAAAGCUGCCAAUGUCCUUCUCUCUGAGCACGGGGAGGUGAAGCUAGCAGACUUUGGAGUGGCUGGACAGCUGACAGACACACAGAUAAAGAGGGAGACAUUUGUAGGGACACCAUUCUGGAUGGCACCGGAAGUCAUACAACAGUCUGCUUACGAUCAAAAGGCUGAUAUCUGGUCUUUAGGUAUAACAGCGAUAGAGCUAGCUAAAGGAGAGCCUCCAAACAGUGACAUACACCCUAUGAGAGUUCUCUUCCUGAUCCCGAAGAGCAGUCCCCCCUCCCUCGGGGGAGAUUUCUCCAAGAGCUUCAAGGAGUUCACUGACUCCUGUCUCAAUAAGGAUCCAGUCUUCAGACCCUCAGCCGGAGAGUUGUUGAAACAUAAGUUCAUAGUAAAGAACUGCAAGAAGACUUCCUACCUGACUGAACUGAUAGACAGGUUUCAGAGAUGGAAGACUGAAGAACACAGUGAUGACGACUCUAGCUCAGACGACGAUGGUGAGUCCAGUAACAAGGAGAACAGCCCGUCACAGCCCGAGUGGUCGUUCACCACCGUACGGAAGAAAGAUAAGGACGUCAGGAAGGUGCUCAGUGGAGCGGACCAAGACCAGGACCAGGAGCAGCACUUGAAGUCCAUCAGUAAAGCCACAGUCUUCUCUGAGCUGAGGUUUGAUCACCGGGACGGUGCCGAACAGAGGCAUGCUAUAGAGGAGUUGGAGAGAAACAUCCAGCUGGCUGAAGACGUCUGUCCUGGAGUCACAGACAAGAUGGUCGCCAGGAUCAUAGCACGCUUCCAGAAUUUCACUCCAACAUAAAGGAGAAGAGAUGGAAGGAGAGAGAGAUUGGAGGUAGAUUCCAGCUAAACGAAAGAGGGAA